AAUGCUCCUCUAAUUCCCGCUGAAAUUCAAAUCAAAGCCUGAUAAUUUAGAAAUCUCUCCUUAACAAGCCUUUUCACAAUGCUUCAUCGUACCAAAAUAAUCUCCAACAAUAUUUCAAAACUAAUCCUUAGCCAACAUAUUCUCCGACAAAAUUGUCGUGCGAAGUCAACUCGCCGCUUCAACAACGUGAAAGAUGAAGAUGAAGAAUAUCACAAAGCCCGAAGAAAAACUGAAAAUAAAGAAGCUCAAAUUUAUUUGCUUAAGAGUAGAGGUCAACAUCUUUUAAUGAAUCCUCGAGUACUUAAUUCCAUAGUCCAAAAAUCCAACAUACUUCCUACUGAUACUGUUCUAGAAAUUGGACCUGGCACUGGAAAUCUCACCUUGAAGCUUCUAGAAGUUGCCGAAAAAGUCAUAGCCAUUGAAAUUGACAAACGUAUGGUAGAGAUUCUUCACAAGCGCGUAUCUGAGCGAGGACUUCAAGGCCGUUUAACUAUUAUAUGUCAAGAUGCUUUAAAGACCGAGUUUCCCCCGUUUGAUCUUAUGGUAGCCAACAUUCCUUAUGGAAUUUCCUCGCCUCUGCUUGCUAAGUUGGUUUAUGGGAAGAACUCAUAUAGGAGUGGGACACUACUGCUGCAGAAAGAGUUCGCAAGGAGGCUAUUGGCUAGUCCAGGGGACUCGGAGUUUAAUAGAUUAGCUGUGAAUGUGAAGCUGGUGGCUGACGUAGAGUUUGUCAUGAAUGUUAGCAAGAAGGACUUUUUGCCAUGUCCAAAGGUUGAUUCUUCUGUUGUGAAGAUAUAUCCUAAAGCUGAAAUCCCGGAGGUGGACUGUAAAGAAUGGUGCGCGUUUACCAGAACUUGCUUCACCAAGAAAAACAAAACAUUGGGUGCGAUAUUUAAGCAUAAAAGAAUGUUGAUGGAAUUAAUGAAACUGCAGGAAACCAGAGGAGAUGAAGAUAAUAGCACAUUGUACAGUGAUUAUCAUGUGAAUGAUACCGAAGAUGAAGAUGGGGUGAGUAAUGAAGACGAUGCUAAAUUCUCUUCUGAUGUGGGAAAGGACCUGACCUUGUUUAGAGAGAUAAUCAAUGACAUUCUAAGAUCUGGUGGAUUUGAAGAUAAGAGGCCUUCAAAGCUCUCCCACGAGGAGCUACUGGACUUGCUUUCUUUAUUCAAUCGAGCUAGGAUACAUUUUCAUGGUCAAGGAAAUCCGAAGGGUGAAAGUGAUGCAGAACUUGCUUCAGCAUUUGGUCCAUUAUAAAGCCUUAAAGCACCUACUCUUGUGUAAAUACAUGCUGCAUAUUUUCUUGCCUCAUUUUCGGAAAUUCAACCAACUUCAUUGAUCUAGCCAUGGCUGAUCAAUUUUCUUGCAAGAAUUUUGCAGAAGAUGUAUCAUUUCACCCUCAGAAAGUUAACACGUUGAAGGUGAUUGAUUGGUCUGAGCCUCUUAGUCAUAUCAAGAAUACUGGUUUCUUGGCACAAACUUUGUGUUUCCUUGGAUUAAAUUUGAUUGGUGGAAUGUUCAAAUGGACCUCAUAAGAUGGCGUUGUUUAAUCUAUUUAUGAUCAGUUCUAUUUAGCAGAUGGAUGUACUGCAGUGGAGCCCAUAUCGAGUUGUCCAUUAGGGAAAAUGAGUUUCGGAGCCUUGAGACAGUUUAUUUCCAAAACCCUCCUGUCAGGCCUGAGAGUAUCCAGUUGUUUGCUAGCACCUUGUCGUCCACCUCUACCUGUGCAGACUGGAGCUUCGGCUGUUAUAUGGCACACUUCACCUUGAGCCUUUCGUAAGAUUUUUCCAUUCAAUAGUUUACAGCUUAACCGACAGUCACCAGACAGGGAAGGGCCAGCAACAAGCUUCGCGUGAGAAGGACCAGCUUGAAACCCCCAGGUCUCUACCUGACCAGCUUGAAACCCCCAGGUCUCUACCUUCAGCUUAGAAUAUUGGGUUUUGGCUGUCCUAUUUAACUGUCUUCUUCUUUUCUUGUUUGGGUAAAUUCUUAAUAAAUUUUUUCUUCCAAGUUUCUUAAUCAUCGGGAAUUUUAAUGUUGGUUUUACCAAGGCCAUGUUGGAUGUAAUUUGGAAUAAUAUAGCUCAAUAUUGAUCAAAAGGAAAAUCAUCCAUCUUCGUUGUUUC